AGAAAGUGCACUAGUCGGCUGAUCGUUGCCGGGAAUUCCACUCUCAUGAUCAGAGUGGAAGUUGGGAAACAGCUACGGAUAUGCCAUCCUCCCGCCUCAUCCCAGGUCGUUUCCCCGCUCCAAACACAUCACCUAUUGCAGAUCGUAUACGCGAACGUCGCGGUGCUCGUGGGCUCACACCUCUCGACGGAGCACUUUUGCAUGUUCCCCCAGUUGCAGAUGGAUGGAAUUCUCUUCUGGGAGCAAUCAGAACGCAGGGAAAGCUUUCAGAUGAUGUUAGGGAGCUCAUGAUACUUCGAGUAGCAGCAAUCAACGGAGCAGCAUUUGAAUGGAUUCACCACGAGCAUGUCGGUCGUGAUCACGGCCUGACCACUUCACAGUUAUACGUCAUUCGGGAUACCUUGUACUUGCCUCCCAGCUUGAACACCACUCUGUCACCACUACAAUCUGCCGCUCUAGCUUUCGCUCAUCAUAGCACGCAAUCGGUGCAAGUCCCUCCGAGCGUUACACAGGCAUUGAAGGAUGCCCUUCGUGCAAGCGCUACUUCCGAAGAUGAUGUCCAAGAUCUUCUGGUAGAGGCAGCUGCUAUUACGGCCACUUAUAACAUGGUUUCCCGCUUUUUGGUCUCUCUUGACGUAGCGGCAAUGUCAGAUAAUGCCGUGCCAUGGCCCGCAGAUCGUAGUGAAUACAAGGUUCCUCUCGCUAGUGGGGACGGGCACACAUACGUCGUAACAUACAUUACGCAUCCCGAUGCGCCAUGGAUCGUCUGUUGCAAUUCAUUACUCACUAAUGUUGGCAUGUGGGAUUGGGCACUUCCAUACUUAUUGCAACCUCAGGAAGGGGAAGGAAACAAGUUACUUCUGGGAAGGUAUAGGACGUUUAAUAUUCUCUUACACGAUCAGCGUGGACACGGUUCUUCAACGGCUAGCACCUCCGCCCCAAGCACGAUCCCCAUACUCGCGAGUGACAUCUCACACGUACUUGACUAUCUUAAGAUUCCUACUCCUAUCCAUAGUGUUAUUGGAGUUUCUCAAGGUGGAGCUACGGCCCUUGCUUUUGGUGCUUCCCAUCCCAACCUAGCUCGGUCAGUGGUUGCAUGUGAUACAUCCGCACGGACACCUACAGGAAACAAACAAGCUUGGACCGAACGAAUUGAGCUAGCUUCGCGGGGUGGUGUCGAUGAUGAAGGUAUUGGAAAGAAUAUGCGGGAGUUGGGGUGGGCUACUGUUGGGAGGUGGUUUCCUGAUCCAAGUCCUUGUGCUCCUGGAAGAAAGGAAGAAGGUAUCGGACAUCGAAGGACGCGGAGCGAGGUUAUUAUGGAGCAAAUGAUGAUGAAAACGACUUUGGACGGAUUUAAGCUGGGGGCGAAUGCAUUGAUGGAGUUUGAUUUAUUUGAAGGCCCCAGUCCUAUACUUGCUAGUACCGUCCCUACGCUGUUAGUUGCGGGAUCGCUGGACGGAAAUGGAAAGGUCGCGGAGGGAAUGGCUAACCUUCAGAACACUUGGAAACAGAAGGGAGGUCGAGUUGAACUCGAGUUAAUUGAAGGCGCUGGACAUCUUCCGAUGGUCGAUAAAACGGAAGACUGGUGGAGAGUCGUUCAGCAGUUCUUACAGCAGUUUUGAUACGAAGGUGAGGUAUCACAAACGGACAGAAAUCCAAAUGUACUAGUACUAUAUUCUAUGAAUAACAAGUGAAAUGUUUCUACGUGU